AAGAAAAGCAUUUAAAAUGGAGUCAUUUCCACCAAGAAUAUAUUUCUUGCAUUAUUGACAAUUUAUCUACCACCAAUGGGGCUUUAUGCAUCUUUAUCGCGGACUCAGUGAGGAUUUUUUUAUGUGGAACUGAGAGCAACAUAGUGUUAUUCAUGUGAAGGACUAAUUUCUAAUCAAUGCUAAGAUGUUACGAACUGCAGCACGUGUCAGAGUCCAUGUUUGUGGGGAUGUGUCAGAUGGUUGGGACCUCAAAACAGGUGGCCAUCAGAAGGGAAACAGCGGACAUCGACGAUAUGUUGCAUAGACAAAUAAUAACUAAUAAGGAGGUCAUUGAGAUGUUGAGUGGUAGUCACAGAGAAGGAUUUAGACUGAAGGGAUCCGAUUUCGACUAUAUGUUCUGGCCAAACGACCACCGAGUGAUCAUAGACAUGUCUCAGUAUUGCAACACAGCCAAUACAACCUUGAUUCUCUCUGACAGUUCUAAGAGCCCACCAGGAUUCGCUUUACUUGAGUUACUGACACGGUCAAGAUACAGACAAGUCGAUUUAGCAUGUGUCACACUGAAUGAACGAGUAUAUAUUUCUAGUUCUACAUACAGACAGUUAACAUGUUCGUCAGUAAUUCCAAAUUCUAUCGAACAUGGACCCUGUGGUAGUGGUUAUAUAGGAGAGACAAUCGAAUAUGACAUUGCUUGGAGUUUUGUUAGUGACUGUUGGCCUCCGUCUGCCUCCUCAUGGAUAGACAGAUGUCACUCAUGGCCUGGCCCUGAAGUUGUUGAUGACAUCAUCAGGAAUGGAUUUCACUUUGUAGCAAUUGGACACCCAUUAGGACCACAUAAAAAUGAAGAAUGGAGAAUUUCGUUUUCUCAGGCAGAAUAUAAAAUUGUGAACUCAAUGAACCACUGUCAGUUUUUGACUUAUGGAUUGUUAAAACUUUUUCUAAAAGAAGUAAUGAAUCAACAAUCAGAAGACACCAAUAAACUGCUCUGUUCCUAUCACAUGAAGACAAUAGUUUUCUGGGCAAUUCAACAAAACACACUGCCUUACUGGUGUCCACAAAAUCUCCUGGCUGGUUUCUGGGUCUGCUUUAAACUCCUCCUUAAAUGGGUGUAUGAGGGAGUUUGUCCUAACUUUUUCAUACCACAAAACAACCUGUUUCUGACAAAGAUCCAUGGCCACGCACAAAACAGAUUGUUCCUACAGUUACAUGAAUUGUACAAGAAAGGCUUAGCCUGCCUUUUACAAAGUUACUCUAUCAGGUCCUACAUCAUUGACGUCCUGUACAAUCCUACACUUUCUAUUUGUACAGAUGAGAGUACAUUGAGGUCUCAAGUUGAUUAUGAUGUAGAACUUAUCACAGAGUCAUCUUUAGUUAGCAUAGACCAAGAUGACCUAUGUGACCUUCCUAAAGUCAUGCACGCCAUAGAACAGUUGGUAUAUUCACCCCUGACACACUAUCAAGCUGUUACACUACAGAAACUUACAGCCUCCUUAUUUCAGUAUGUUGCAUUUCAAUUACAAAAUAUGUACACUAACACAGGUUACAAUAAACAGCUUUAUAUUGCAGACAAAUUGUCCUGUCAAAUGCUGAAAUUGGCAGCCAAGUUUGGGUGUGUUUCUGAUCUGUUGUACAUUGCAAUGUAUUAUUACAAGACGCUUCGAUACAGAGAAGCUUUAACUGUUUUAGAGAUGACAAAGGUCAAGUUAGUACAGCCAUAUCUGAUGUAUAUGGGACUUGUAGACAGAGAGAGGUACACUGAGGCUGUAGGGGGACUUUCCUGGUCUACAAAGAUGAGACAGGCCAUAGCAUGGGAUCUUACACUUGAUAACAAUAUCUGUUAUAUAAGUGAUCUGUUACUGGAACAACAGUCUGCUCUGCAGGAUAGUAGCGUGCAAGUAUCACUAAUCCCAGUGUUUGUAAUGUUACACUUUCUUGAGUUCUUGUGUUACAGACACGUUGAUACAACCUUAUCACAAGCAGCUCUAUAUGAGCUUCAGAUCAUGGUCCACCAUGAUCAGGGUCGGUUUGUGGGUGAAAUGCAAAGAGACAUCUCCUGGGAGAUCCUGGGGAUCUGUCAACAGAUCACAGGAAACCUCCGAGCUGCUCUAUAUUCAUACAAACAGUCACUCGCGGUGUAUCCAUUCAACAACAUACAAACUGCUACGCGUAGGAGAAUACAGGAUAUAGUCUCACAACAAUAAAUACCGAAGUCAUUCGGAACACCAGCCUAAGACUGAAAACCACUUAAUGACUUAAUAUAUGUCCGUAGAUAAGACAGAUUGUAUUAUUAUAACUCUAACUAUUUUUCCUUAUAAUUUAACAGUAAUUCGAUAUAUUUCGCCUAUUCUCUGAAACAACAUAUUUCCCUAAGCUUCUCCUCGGGAAAUAAACUUGCUCUCGGAGAACUGGAAUCUUGAAGACUCCUUCAAUGGUUAACUUUAAUUGUAUAAUAUCAUCUCUGCAUAAUGCUUCAAUUCUUGAAUCACGUUAUUUCUACAACAUUUUACAACUGUACACGUUUUACAUGAUUUUGUUUUUUAUUUUAAAAAAAAAUGUCCAUUGUUUGCUAACAGUACAUGAAACAUAGCAUUACCUCUUGUCCAAAUGUGCAGUGUUUUUUCUGUGAUGUUUUUAUAGCAGUGAUGAUAUAUCAGUUAUUGAGGGAUAUUUGUGAUCCUUACAUAAUUAAAGGGAUUGUGUUGUCUUAAUACAGAUAAAAUGAUUAAAUUUUUUUGUCUAUUU